CUUCUUUUGUCUGUUCUCAGUCAUUUUUUAGAAUUGCUGAUCGAUUAAGAUGAAAAUGCACCUCUUUUGGAUUUCCAUGAUAUGCCUCGUUAUUGGAUUAGCGAAUGGAUACAAAUGCCCCAAUUGGAUGUUUUGUGAUGGCAUAUGCUGUCCUCGAUUUCUCUAUGGUGGUUCUUAUGAAUGCUGCAGGAAUGGAUACGGUUGCAGAUAUGGUAUUCUCUCCGGUUGCAAUCUCGCUCCACAAAAAAUACAGGUAAAAGAAGAUUCCAUUAUGGAUAGAAAUAUAUUCCCUCUUUCUGAGCCGAAAGAUGAUUCAUCCAUUGAAGAAUCGUCAGAAGAAGUUUUACAGAGGGGAUGGCUGAAAGAUGUUUUGAAGAAAAUUCUGGCAGCCGAUAUUCCUACUUUCAAAAGAAAUUAACAUAAAGGAUUUCCUAUAUAAUGAAACAAAAUAUAAAUAUGCAUAUUUCAGAAUUCAAAAGCAAAAUGAAUUUUAAAAAAUGCAGCAAAUACUUUCAAAAAUAAUUCUCUUAAAAUUACAAAAAAAAAAAAAAAAAAUGAAAUAUUUGAUUGAUCAAUAACAAAUGUGAUCAUUGUGUGGAAUAAAUUUAGUUCUGGAAUAAUUUCAAAUGCCUUGUAUGAAAUUGAAUUAAAUAAUUAUUCAAACUCUGUGUUUCGUCCUAUAAUAAUCUGUCAAAUUACAUCUUAUUUUUAAAUUUCAACCUUUUGUAAUAAUUAAGUUAGCACGCUGAGA